AAUCAUAAUGCAAAACAAGAACAAGAUUGCCAUAUUCAAGCAGUUUUCACUUUAGUAAAUCAAGUAAGAUUGUCUAGUAUUUAUAAAAAAUUACAAACUAAUAAUAUACUGCAAAAAUGGCAUUACGAUUCUAUAAAAAGUAUCAAAGAUUCAGUUGCAUAUUGCAAAAAAAACCACAACAAAUGUGAUAAACACAAUCAAAAACCAGUUGAUAGAAAUGAUCCAAGAAGCAAGAUUAAAGAUGAUUUAUUUAUCGAAAACAAAUCUGGUGAUAAAAUUAUUGUGGAAAAUACACAAGAUAAUCCUAGAUGGGUAGAAAAUAAUUCAAGUCAUAUUUAUACUUUAUAUCAAACUAUAAAAAAUAUUGAAAAAAAGAAAAAUAAAAGAUGCUGGAAGCCUGCAACAAUAUUUUUUUAUAGCGAUGAGAAUUUUAAUAGCUCAUAUGAAGAAGUUUUAAUUAACGAAUUCAAAGAUCAAAUCAAAUAUUUAGAACUUUUAAAUCUUCUUGAUUCAAAAGAUUAUAGUGUUCAAAUAAAAGGGCAUAAAAAUGAAAAUUUUUGCCCCAAAGUGAUUAGAUUUUCUGCAAAUACAAAUGUUAGAUUUAUUUACGAUUUUUGUGAAAAUAAAGAAUUAAAACCUAUAUCAGAACAAAAAUUUAAUAAUACAAAAUUAUUCAGUUCAUUU